UGGCAACGACAUACCCGGAAAUUUCCACACGUUGUGGUGGACGGAGGAAAAACACGUGUGGAACUUUACUUUAUAUGUGUACAGCCGUUCAUGUUGUGCUUUUAUUAUUUUGAAGUGAACAUCAUUUUGUCGCCAUUCAAACAAAGGAUAAUGCGUCAUUUAUCAUCUUGUAAACAGUCUGACGUGCCCAUGUGAGUGUAGUAACUGUUAUAGCUAUUUAGCUACUGCACCACCUAUUUUUAAUCGGUGUUUAUAGCCUGCUUACUGUCAUGGCUGAGGACGGGCUGAUGCUCAACAUCUUCUCAGAUCCCUUAAAGGUUCACAAAAAGACAAAUCGAACACAUUUUUCAACAGCAGAGAAAUGGGCAGAGAGAAAGCGAGAAUCAAAGAGGAAGGCUGCCUUUGAGCCCCAGGAGAGCAGCGCUUCCAAACAGAGGAAGAUUAAUCAAACUGGUCAACAGCACACACAUAAGCAAAAGCUGCAAACCCCCAGAAGCCCCUCUCAGAGGAGUAAUAAUAGAGACACAGAGGAGAAUGGGGACCAGAGAGAAAACUCUGCCGCAAAGUCCCCAUCAAAGGUGAAAACAUUUCCAAAGAAAGCUCCCGAAGAGCAAAGGGACCAUGGCAGACCAUUUAUCAAGACAUCGUCUCUCUUCAGAAACAACCCAGAGAUCCCUGAUGUCCUCAGUCCUGCUAUAAAUCAAGUUAAAGAGAAAGUCUUCACCAGCAACACAUUUGAAGAACUCGAUCUGCAUCCUCAUCUGGUGGCAACACUCCAUAAGGUGUUGAAUGUGACCAGCAUGACGAGUGUGCAGAAAAAAACCAUACCAGUGUUGAUGUCUGGUAAAGAUGCUGUAGUGCGCUCCCAGACUGGAUCAGGAAAAACAUUGGCUUAUGGAAUUCCAGUGGUUCAGUCCUUACAAGCAGUACAGCCUAAAGUGAAGAGAUCAGAUGGGCCUUUGGCUGUUGUGAUUGUUCCAACACGAGAGCUUGCCCUGCAGAGCUUUCAGAUGUUUCAGAAGCUUCUAAAACCUUUCACCUGGAUUGUGCCAGGAGUUCUGAUGGGAGGAGAGAAAAGAAAAUCAGAAAAAGCCAGACUGAGGAAGGGCAUUAAUGUUCUGAUCUCGACUCCAGGCCGACUGGUGGACCACAUAAAGAACACUCUAAGUAUUGCUUUCAGCGCUGUGCGCUGGCUCAUUCUGGAUGAAGCUGACAGGAUUUUGGAUUUGGGCUUUGAGAAAGAUCUGACUGUGAUUCUGAACGCUAUGAAUGCCACUGGACCUGCCAGGCAGAAUGUACUGCUUUCAGCCACACUCACCGAGGGACUGUCCCGAUUAGCCAGCAUCAGUAUGAAGGAGCCCGUGAGUAUCCACGUGUCAGAGGGGAGCGAGGAGACAGUUGAAGCGUGUCCCCAGGCGGGCCCUCAGGCUCUGUCAGACAGCUACGCGGUGCCUGAGAGGCUGCAGCAGCACGUUGUGGUGGUGCCCAGCAAACUCCACCUGGUCUGUUUGGCUGCCUUUAUUCUGGCCAAAUGCAAGUUUGAGCAGCGGCAGAAGCUUAUCGUUUUCAUAUCCAGCUGUGAGGCUGUGGAGUUUCUGCUUACUCUCCUCACUGCAGUCCUCUGUGAGAAGCCCAGCACCACAUCAACCAAACAUACCUCAGCUUCCCUUAACUUCUACAGGCUGCACGGCAACAUGAGACAAGAGGAGCGCACUGAAGUCUUCCAGGAGUUCUCUCAAUGUAAAACUGGCGUUCUGCUGUGUACGGAUGUGGCUGCACGUGGUUUGGAUCUGCCUCAGGUUACGUGGAUUGUUCAGUACAACCCUCCUGUUUCUGCCGCGGAAUAUGUUCAUCGCGUGGGCCGCACGGCACGAAUUGGAGCUCAGGGCAGCAGCCUGCUCUUCCUCACCCCCUCUGAGACGGCUUUUGUGGAUGUGCUGGCCAAUCACAACAUCAGUUUGUCCGAGAUGAAGAUGGAAGACAUCUUGGCCACUCUGAUGAAGGACGAGCGCUUCAAAGGCAGAGGGAAAUGGGACGGCAAGAGAUCAGCCGCUGCUUUUGAGCAGGAAGUGCGAGUGAGAGCCACCGUUUUACAGACUGACUUUGAGAAUUAUGUUCACGCCAAUAACGAGUCUCUGCAAACAGCGAAGAGCGCACUGCAGUCUUUCCUGAGAGCAUACACCGCGUACCCCUCCAGUCUGAAACAUAUCUUCCACAUCCGCAGCCUGCACCUGGGCCACGCUGCUAAGAGCUUUGGCCUGAGGGACGCACCCCAGGGCUUGGGCAGCUCCAUAACCACUAAUCCUGCCAACAGCAAAGACUCCAAGAAGGGCAAAGACAAAGCUAAGAGGCCUCCUAAAAAACUCACGGCGAAGGAGCGCGUGGCAAACCUAAUGCGCUCAGAGUAUCUCAGUGGGAUAGAUGGAGAAUCCAAAUCUAAGAAGAGGAAGAAGAAGAAAGGUCAAGCGGAGGAAGAACAAUCUACCGCAGCAUGAAGCAGAAGACUUCGGAGAGAUCCGAGACUCUUUUCGGCUGAGAUGUGCUGAGUUCAGAGUCCUUUGCGGCCAGGUGGAUUCUCAGGGUUGAACACACAGGUGUUUUUUAUACAGAGUGACAUUUUUUACUUGUGACAAAGCAUGAAUGGUCAGCAGCGUGGUCUGAAAACUUGCUUCUACCAUCUGCAUUGAAAAAAGCUUUGCAGAAAAAGAGUAAAAUGCAUGUAAAAUGUUUGCGCUCAGUCAUUCUCAGUCGUUAUUAUUAUAAAUGUGGUGCCAUAAAUAUGACUAUUUAAGCAAUGUGAUUUACAAGAAAGCAAGUUGUUUUGUCAAAAUGUAAUACAGUCACUGAAUUUUAGAUAAAAGUGUGUUUCUUUCAUUUUUACUCUGAUUUUGGGUUCUCCACGGGAUUGAACCAGAACGUUUUUUGGAAUCACUGGUAUGCAUCUGAUGUUGUACACAAGGUUAUGAAAACACCACGUAAAAUAGUCUUUGUUAAACGCUUUUUAGCUCAUUUCCCUGGCUUGAAUUUCGGCUCGGUCAGGUAAAUAGGGGUGGAUAUGUAUGGAGGCUUACGCUGACCAGCUGUCCAAGCGUUGAGUCUGACUCGCCCGGUCACCAGCUGCUGUCUUUUGGCCGAGUCUUCGCUGCGAGCGCUAAAAGAAAUUUGACCGGAAUAUUACGUUUCACUGUCGCUUUAUUACCGUAAAAGCCGCUUGUAAAAAUUUGAUUGGUCUGUAAUAAUGAAACGCCAAUUAUGAUUGGUCAAUUAAACCCACACAACAAACCACUUACUCAGAUACGCUUGUUUCGGUGAGUGGGCUUCUCUGUACGAAGCUCUUGUGAGGAGAACUCACAAAAGGUUUUUUUUUUUUUUUUGGUAACAGAGUGGUAGGAGAACAUGUCAAAAUAUUAGCGAAGGAAACAGACUGAAAAUAUUUUUUUAUUGCGUGUCUGCGUUCACGGGCUGUUGGUUUGAGUUGCAGCUUUAAUGCAGUUAUAAAAAUGACUUUUUUUGUGAGUGUAUUAACAUUUUUGCUUAUUUUAAAGCUCACCAUAUAUUCACAACCAAUAUCCAAAAAAUGUUUGACCAAGAGUAUAUCGAAGAAUAAAGUACUUCUGUCAUAUGUGACAAAUCCACAUCUUUAUUUAGAAAAGUAUUUUGGCGUCUGUUGAACCGGGUCGUAAACUACCCAUAAACAACACAGUUUUCACAAAACCGGAUUAAUUGUCUGAACAGGUUGUAGUG